CCUCAUUGAUAUCACAAGAAAGACCUCUCUCUCUCUCUCUCUCUCAUGGCUUCUCUUUCCAACGGCCACCCCUCCAUGGAUGUCAAGUUCAGGCGGCUCUUCAUCGACGGACAAUUCGUUGAUUCCGUCUCAGAGAAGACGUUCGAGACGAUAGAUCCCAGAACAGGUGACGUCAUCGCCGCCGUCGCCGAAGGCACCAAGGAGGAUAUUGACGCCGCCGUUCAAGCUGCCCGUCACGCCUUUGACUCCGGCCCCUGGCCUCGCAUGUCCGGUUCUGAGAGAGGAAGAAUAUUGAUGAAAUGGGCAGAUUUGAUAGACCAAAAUGCAGAAGAACUAGCAACACUAGACGCCAUGGACGCAGGAAAACUAUACCAGUGGUGUAAGAUGGAGGUUCCUUCUGUUGCAAAUCUGCUACGUUACUAUGCCGGUGCUGCUGAUAAAAUCCAUGGAGAGGUACUGAAGAUGUCAGGCAAUUUCCAGGCUUACACUUUGCUGGAACCCAUUGGUGUGGUGGGUCACAUCAUUCCCUGGAACUUCCCCAGCACCAUGUUCUUCAUCAAGGUCAGCCCUUCUUUGGCCGCCGGCUGCACCAUGGUCGUCAAACCUGCCGAGCAAACUCCUCUCUCUGCUCUCUUCUACGCUCAUCUCGCUAAGCUGGCUGGAAUACCAGAUGGUGUGCUUAAUGUUGUACCCGGGUUUGGCAAAAUUGCUGGUGCUGCUUUAACCUCGCAUAUGGACGUUGAUAAGGUUAGCUUUACUGGUUCAACGCAAACAGGGCGGGAAGUGAUGCAGGCUGCGGCUAAGAGUAAUCUGAAACAAGUUUCACUGGAACUAGGAGGCAAAUCACCCGUCAUUAUAUUCGAUGAUGCUGAUGUGGACAGAGCUGCGGAACUUGCACUCAUAGGAAUCCUUUUUAACAAGGGAGAAGUCUGCGUUGCAGGCUCUCGUGUGUUUGUUCAAGAAGGCAUAUAUGAUGAAUUUGAGAAGAAGUUGGUGGAGAAGGCAAAAGCUUGGGUAAUUGGAGACCCUUUUGAUCCUAAAGUUCAGCAAGGUCCUCAGGUUGACAAGAGGCAGUUUGAAAAGAUAUUGUCGUACAUAGAGCACGGUAAGAGAGAAGGGGCCAUCCUGUUGACUGGGGGUAAAGCAGUGGGCAACAAGGGAUACUACAUUGAACCUACAGUGUUCACUAACGUUAAGGAGGACAUGCUGAUAGCAAAAGAUGAAAUAUUUGGUCCUGUGAUGGCACUAACGAAGUUCAAAACAAUGGAGGAAGCAAUAAAGAGUGCGAACAACACAAAAUAUGGGCUAGCGGCAGGCAUAGUGACGAAGAACAUUGAUAUAGCAAACACAGUUUCGAGAUCCAUAAGAGCAGGAAUCAUUUGGAUCAACUGCUAUUUUACAUUUGAGAAUGAUGUUCCCUUCGGAGGGUACAAGAUGAGUGGGUUUGGGAAAGAUUUUGGAAUGGAAGCCCUUCACAAGUAUCUGCAAGUUAAAUCUGUUGUCACUCCUAUCUACAACUCUCCAUGGCUCUAAAAUGCCAAAUUCUCUUGUGUGGCUUUUCAUUUGUAUGACGGUUUCUAGAGUUUCAUCAUCAAUAACGCAGCAUCAUGCUGUGCCUAUAUACGUAAAUGAAAAUUUGUACACCUUUGUGUUCAUAAUAAGAAAAGCAUAUAUGAUGAUU